GCUGGGAUUUUAUACCUUGGUGUUGUACGCAGCAGAUAAGACAUCUUGUGCACUGUGGUACUUGUGUAUGGUGACCGGGACUGUAGGUUUGGUGCGCUGCCACAUGGGUGGGAUCUGCCCCAAAGCAUAUAGGGGGGUGGACUGUGGUAGCCACUCCCAAAUCAGACUGGGCAAGAUAUGGGGGAGAAGAGGUUGAAGCUUUAAGGAGGGCAAUGCCAUGUUCCAUGUAGUCAAAGAAAUACAAGGCUGAAAGUGUAGGGCCUUGACGUGAUGCACCUGGGUGAUUUUGAUGUCAGGGCUGUUGAUAUUCUGUGACCCAUCAUGAAUGAUGGAUUCUCCAACUGUAUUCCAUAUUGGAAGAACCUAGCAGCCCAAUCUAAUCUCAUUUUUUCCCUCUCACCUGUCUAUGAUGUAGGGCAAUGACUUGAGGAUCAGGAUCUUCCAAUCUUUGAGAUUUUUUGGACUCCUGGUCCAUCGCAAGCAGAUCUUAUUAGUGGUCUGGGUCAGCAAAUCAUGGGCCUAAAUGUGCCGUUCAAGUAGCAAAAUCUGAAUAGGCUAUUCCCUCCUUUUGAAAGACUAAUCAUGUCCAAAGACAUGUUGAAUCUGAUUCCCCACUCCUUUUCUGCUAUGGAAUAAAGUGGAAGGUAGAAAAGACGGCAUUGUUUUUGGAAUCACACAUGCCACUUGCUCUUCUUGCAGCAAACCCGGUAGUUUUCACUGUCCAAAAUCGCCAAACCAUCUCUCCGCGUCAAUCAAAGGUCGAAUGCCAAGGGCUGGUAGGACGGAGAGUUGCAGCAGGUGCAGGGUGCAACUGCUCGUGCCCCCAGAAGCGAGAACCAUCCGUUGUGCAGUGUGCCAGGCCAUCACCACUGUUCGAUCCGAGGAUCCAAUUGUCCGAGUGAAUGAACAGGUGCGGCAAGCAGUGAGCUGGGUUAAAGGGUUGUUAAGCAAUGUCUCUAACAACACUGGUUCUUAUGCCAUGAUGCCAAACUACCAGGCGGGGACCCUUGCACCGUCUUUUGGGAACUACAUACCUCAAAUGCCUGCCUAUCCGCAGGCGCAUGGGAAGAAGAGGGCCCUUUUGUGUGGUGUCAGCUACAGAUUGCGGAGGUGCGAGCUCAAGGGGAGUGUGAAUGAUGUGAAGUGCAUGAAAUACUUGCUGUGUGACAAGUUCGGGUUUUCUAAUGAAUGCAUCCUUCUUCUCACAGAAGAAGAGAGGGACCCAUAUCGGAUCCCGACCAAGCAGAACAUACGGAUGGCGUUGCGUUGGCUGGUUAUGGGCUGCCAGCCAGGAGACUCGUUGGUAUUCCAUUAUUCAGGCCAUGGUUCGCAACAGAUUAAUUACAGUGGGGAUGAACUUGACGGUCAUGACGAAACGCUUUGUCCUGUUGAUUACGAGACGGAAGGAAUGAUUGUGGACGAUGAGAUCAACACGACAAUUGUCAGGCCUCUGCCGAAAGGGGCUAAGCUCCAUGCGAUCAUCGACGCUUGUCACAGUGGGACCGUCCUUGAUCUACCAUUCGUGUGCAAGAUGAACAGGGCUGGAUUCUACCAGUGGGAAAACCACAGCCCUCUGUCUGGAGUUAAUAAAGGUACGAGUGGUGGCUUGGCCAUUUCUUUCAGCGGUUGUGAUGACAAUCAAACUUCUGCAGAUACAUCAGCACUCUCAGGAGAUACCAUGACUGGAGCCAUGACUUUCUGUUUCAUUCAAGCUGUUAAUAGCGAACCUGGAAUGACUUAUGGUCGCAUACUCACUGCCAUGCGCUCGGCGAUCCGUGACACUCAAACGGGCAUCCGUCUCAGCAGUCCAAUUGCUUCCCUUAUCAGGACAGUAAUUCGUGCUGGGUUGAAACAGGAGCCUCAGUUGUCUUCCUCAGAGCAGUUUGACAUUUACAGGAGGCAGUUCCUUUUAUGAUAUUGUUAUUGUUAUUUUGAAAGUCCAUAUUAACCGAACUACUCGCACUAAUAAAUUCAAUUAGGUGUUGAAUGUGUUGAUAAUGGACCUUCAGAGGAUGAGAUUUUCCUUUCACUUGUACUUAUAUGAUUUGAUGUUUGUUUUUAGUAGUGAUGAUGGCAAGUUUGCACUUA